UCCUAGAAUUUUUCUAAUAGCUUAUUAAAUAAUCCAGAGAGCUGGUACUCCAUGAGCACAGCUCGUGCUUGUGGAAGAGGCGUGUCCUGUGUGUGUACGCAUCUGAGGGAAUACGUCAUGGUGAUCGUCCUCCGUCAGUGCCGUGUAAUACGCGGAAAUCUUACCGAGCUGAAAUGUUCAACAGUUUUAGUGAAGUUUCGUGCUCCGUGUGUUGGAUUUGAAGUGGCUCGCUCGUGAAAAAGGCAACCCGCUAGACGCAAAGCUGGUGCGCGCCAAGGAAGGACCGGAAAAUAGGGCACAGUACGGAACGCAUCAGGCAUUGCGUAUGGCAUGGCGGACGGGGGCCAGUCUACGGAGAACCCCACAGCCGAAGAGAGCACGAGUCAAGGCGGCACAACGAAGCUGCUACGGCUGCGGAUUGUGGCAGGCCACAGCUUGGCAAAAAAGGACAUUUUUGGAGCAAGUGAUCCCUAUGUGCGAAUUGACCUUGUCAAGGCUAGGGGCGACAGCUACUCGGUUUUGGAUUCGCUCUACACAAAAACCAAAAAGAAGACGCUGCAUCCGAAAUGGGAUGAAGAGUUUGUGAUCAAGGUUGAUCCUGAGGAGCACAAGAUAGUCAUGGAAGUCUUUGAUGAAAACAGACUGUCUUUAUGGCGAGGAAUUCGAUCGAACAGUGUGCCCACUGCUGUCACAGUGUCUGGUGUGCGCUCAAUGCCACAGACUCGCGAUGACUUCCUGGGUCUGGUGGAGUUGCCCCUGGCGGCCAUACCCGUGGAACGACCGGGAAGGCACAUCCCUCACAAAUACUACCUGCUCCGGCCGCGCAGCAGCGCCAAGUCCCGGGUCAAGGGCCACCUGCAGGUCUACCAUGCCUACCUGCCUGAUGGGGAGCUGCAAGCAGCUGAGAAUGCAAACCAGAGUUCUACAGAUGAGGGAUGGGAGGUGGUGGAUGCGGAAGAUGGUGGGCCGCCAUCAUCUCAGGGGGCCGGAACCAGCAGCAGUCCAGAGUUUGCAGGCAGUGAAGCACCUCCAUCACCGCUGCCACCUGGCUGGGAGGAGCGGGAAGAUGCCUGUGGACGCAUAUAUUACGUCAACCAUGUGGCACGCACCACGCAGUGGGAGCGUCCUAUUCAGGGGAGUGAUGGUAUAGAAGAAGGCGCAGCUGCUCACCAGCGGAACCUAGACCUGGCGCAGGAGUUCCAGCGGAGGGUCCACAUCAGCGUUGAUGAGACAGCCGAUCACUCUGCUACCCCUAAUCACACAGAAGAGCCGCAGGCGGCGCCACCACCUGUGCAGAGGGGCAGCGUUGUGGAGACUAUCGCACAGCAGAAUGGAACUCUGCCUCCUGGCACAAACUCACAGCGCCGGUUUACGUUGCCCAUGGAGGCCAACGUGCGGCCCCAGCUUACGUCAGCGCCUCAGCCGAGUCCCGAGGGUUUGCCAGCUGGCUGGUCCCUGCAGGUGGCUCCCAAUGGGCGCUUGUUCUUCAUCGACCACAACACCAAGACCACCACCUGGGUGGAUCCCAGGACUGGAAAACCAAGCGACUUACCCCGGCAUGGCAGCCUUCCUGGAAGCCAGCAAAACACCAUGGAUGACUUGGGACCGCUCCCUGAUGGCUGGGAAGAGCGCAUUCACACAGAUGGCCGAAUUUUCUUCAUUGAUCACACUGCAAGGAUAACACAGUGGGAAGACCCUCGCUUCAACAAUCCCAACGUUGCUGGUCCCGCUGUGCCGUAUUCAAGGGAUUAUAAAAGGAAGUAUGAGUAUCUCAAAUCCAAGCUUCCAAAGCCACCGGGAAACAUUCCGAACAAAUUUGAGCUGAAGAUAUCACGAGCUCGGAUUCUGGAAGACUCAUAUCGUAUCCUAAGCAAUGUUACAUGUGUGGAUCGCCUGAGAUCCAAGCUUUGGGUUGAGUUUGAUGGUGAGGAGGUUCUGGACUACGGUGGUGCCUCACGGGAGUUCUUCUACCUGCUAUCUCGUGAGAUGUUCAACCCAUAUUAUGGCCUGUUCGAGUAUUCAGCAGCGGAUAACUACACACUUCAGAUCAACCCUUGCUCAGGAAUGUGUAAUGAAGACCACCUCUCUUACUUCAAAUUUAUUGGAAGAGUGGCUGGUAUGGCUGUUUAUCAUGGGAAAUUGCUUGAUGCAUUCUUUAUUCGACCUUUCUACAAAAUGAUGCUGGGGAAGCCGAUCACUAUCAAGGACAUGGAGUCUGUGGACACGGAAUACUACAACUCAUUGCGCUGGAUCAUGGACAAUGACCCUGCCGAGCUGGACCUCCGGUUCUCAGUAGACGAGGACCUGUUUGGGCAGAUGCAGCAGCGUGAGCUUGUGCCUGGUGGCGCUGACCUACCCGUCAUGCAGGAGAACAAGGCACGCUAUGUUGACCUGGUGAUCCAGUGGCGAUUUGCAUCACGCGUGCGGCCCCAGAUGAAUGCCUUCCUUGAAGGCCUAAACGAACUGGUUCCCCUGGCUUUGCUGCGUGUCUUCGAUGAGCACGAGCUUGAGUUGCUCAUGUGUGGCAUCGGCCAGAUUGAUGUGCGUGACUGGCGGCGUCACACUGUCUACAAGGGUGGCUAUCAUGCCAACCAUGUGGUGGUCCAGUGGUUCUGGAGGUUGGUGCUGUCGUUCAACAACGAGAUGCGGUCGCGCCUACUCCAGUUUGUGACGGGCACCUCAAGGGUCCCGAUGAAUGGCUUUGCCGAGCUCCACGGCAGCAAUGGGCCGCAGCCAUUCACACUGGAACGAUGGGGCUCACCCAGCAACCUGCCUCGGUCUCACACUUGCUUCAACCGUUUAGAUCUGCCGAUGUAUGAGAGCUACCAAGAUCUCCGGGAGAAAUUGAUACAAGCCAUUGAAGGAUCAGAAUCCUUUGGCGGAGUUGACUAACAUUCCAAGCUGCCAUGAUGUCAGAAGCUUCUGCGGUACAUUUCACAGGGACAAGACCUAUGUGCGUGUCCAAAGGGUUUCAACAGUCUUGUACGCCAUCUUAUCUCGUGAGUCAGCACAAGAACAAGUUUUAGUCGCCCACAUGCAACAAGUGCCUUUCUGCUGCUCAUCCAGCCAAUGGGGGCCACGAUAUAAGCUUGCUUUCUUCUUCUUUAUGCUCUUGUGUGGACUACAGACCAACCUUGCCCAGCCUGAUGGGGUAUUGUUUGUGCCUUUGCAGGCAUGUAGUAGUAGCAUCUCUCAAUCAUUCAUACGGUUUUGGCAAGCGUCAUAGUUUUGUCUUUUUGGUUGAGGGUUUCUUAUUUUAGCUUCAUCGUAACCCAGUCUUCUGAGGCAACAACCAGUCUUAUGUCUUGUUGGUUGUAGCAAGUGCUCGUUGAAUAAUGCUGCUAUUUGGACCUGUUGGAGCAAAGUACAUAGUCCAUUGGAGACAAGGACAGCCACAAGAAAUGAGAUGCACAUAAAUUCAUGUGUGUGCAUCUCAAGUAUGAGACGCACACACGUAUAAAUGAGAUGCACAUAGGUUCAUGUGUGUCAUUUCUUUCUGCUGUCCUUGUGUGCAGCGUAAUAUCUGUUCUGCUUGUUGAAGCCACAUGGAUGAAAUUCCGAUCUUGAGGAGAGCCAUGCAUUGCUAAAGGCUUUUUAUGUCAUAUUAAUUGAACGAAAAUCUUCAAAAACAUAAGCCGCAAGAGGCUGACAACUGGCAUAUUAACUAGCGCUAUUCAUUUACUCCUGUGUCAUGAAGCAACUGCUAUAAGUUUCUUCUUGGUGACAUUGCAUUCGGAGUCAGAGGCUCUCAGCUUUGUCCUUGCAUUUUCUUUAACAGUUUAAGCAGCACUCAGUGUGUACCUGUUGUUGACAACAGCGACAUAAUUAUAGAGGGUGCUGCACAGUGGCAGCACCUGUAAUGUCUCUUAACUAGUCAGUUCUACAAUGAGCCCUUCAGGCUGUUGGUGUAUGUCAGAUUGAUAGUUUCAGAUUCCGAGAUGAGAGGUGCAGUCUGCCGAGCAAUGGAUAAUGUAGAACCUUGCGAAACCAUGUGAAAGGAAAGUGUUUUCUUCUUUCUGGUCUAUAAAUUCAUGUUUGCAAGACCUGUGUGUUCAGGAAUCAUCACAAACUGUAAGCAUAAGUGCCAGUAUGAGCUUACGUGCUCAUGUGUACACAAGCAUGCUCAGCUCCACAUAUAUUAGUUGGAGAAGCACUUGUUUCAAUGUUACUGUGUUGCAUGGAGAUCGUCAAUGGUCAUUGUCACUGCACCUGACACUCUCUUUCUAAUUUGUGGAGGCAUGUCUGCAGAGGGAGGUAAUGUCGAGAGAUUGUGGAGCAUAUAGGUUGUAUUUGCACGAAUAUAACACGAGGUAUUUUUUAAAUUUUGUGCUUUCGUACAUAGUGAGCUCAACUACUAGGCAACUGGACUUUACAGAAAAGUCAACCUUUCGACACCAUAAGGAGAUUGUCGGUGUACAUGUGUGGGUGGGAGUGAAAUCACUUUAUUAAAAAGAUGCAUGCCAGUGCAACUUCACUUUUAUAAGCACAGCUAUCCUGGCUGGCUUUUUGGCCUAUCAUGGGACCUUUCCACCAGUUAAGUGGUGGGGUGUCACCAUGAUGCGCAACCUUGCGAGCCGUGGUGCAUGUGCAAGUUUCAUGGAGUGAUGUAUCACUGUUGCCAAUUACACAUUACACCUUGCUAAAGCACUAGAAGCCCAUUAAUGUGCACGAGUUUCACAUUGCUACGUCACAUUACAGUGGUAACAUUAAUUUAUUUUCUUGUCAAGUCUCGCGUUAUAUUCGUGUGAAUGCAGCAUGUUGCCCCAGCAUGCACGAGUACAUUGAGAAAAUCAGAGUGGCCUCAAGAAAUGCGCAGCCUGCGUAAUUGUGCAUUAUCAUGCACCGAGUAAGUUUUCUCCAUUGCAAACAGUUUGAACUGAUGACAUAUGUAUUGUCUAUUGUGCAGAUGCAGCUAGGGCUGCAGUGUGUGCAAAUAUUCUGCAUUCUCCAAGCGCACAACAAAGCGGUGUAUAGCGCGACAGUAUUCCAGCACAUUGAAAUUCAUUUGAAAUUCAGCUUAGUUUUUACGUGCUUGUGACGAUGAAGGCUAGUUCGGGCCCUCGAGAGUAGUGCUCUCAGUGGGAUUGGUGGGUGAUCAAAUUUAAGAUCUGCAUGCCUGGUGUGGUUCUUGAUGCGCCAGUUUCUAUAAAAGGCGGCUAGCACCAGUGUGAAAGACUGCAUUCCUGUACACUGCAUCCCUACUUUGCUGCUUUUAAAUCAAGGUGGAGCAAAUUGCUACACAGUAGCCCUUGUUGACAAAAACCCUUAGCUAAGUCAUUGAAGCACUUGUUUGAACUUUUAUAUAUAUAUGUGAAAGUUGUUGAACUCCUUUGAACAUGCAGUUCCAUCUAUGUACAAUUGAAAAAACAAACAGCUCUAUAUGCAGAAACUCACUUUUCAUAUUUCUGCUUAUGAAGCAGAAGAAGCACUUGCAUUGUUUUUGGAUUUGUCUGUGUGACACGUCUUGCUCUCGAGAUUUUUAGUUAGCUUUUAUGGGAAUAGAAUGCUUGUUUUGUAUAUUAUUUCAUACAUGGACUUGUGUUUGGGUUAUUGUGUCUUUUGAAUUGCAUUACUGGAGGAGUUGUGCUGUUUGGGUUAGGUUGAGUUUUGAACUGUGUGUAAUAUACAGCCAUUUAUUAGCAGAGCUUUACUUAGAGGAUCAAGGUUAUUAUUGAUUUAAAUAUUUACAUGUAUGUAUAUUGUAUGUUCAUAUACUAUCCAGACAUUUUCGCUGCUUUAUGUAUUAUGCAAGGCAACCAUGUGCAACAACAGUGACAGUACUAAACGACGCAGUUACUUCAUUUAGCAAGAUUAGUACAGCUAUAACCAUUUUGGGAAAAUGAAAAAAAAAUUUGUUUUGUGAGGACUAACUUGUUGCUUGAUGGAAUCUUGUGGUACUUAAUUCAGUUUUUAAUCGUAAAAUGUACUUCCCAAAGCCUUACAGAUGGGAUCAUGUACAGUGCACAGGUAGGCAUCAAAGCACCAUAUAAGGAGAUAUAUAUACUUCGUAAUGCAUACUAUAGCUUGUGUCAGACAAGUUAGCCUUCAAAAGAAAUGUGCUUGAAAGCUGUUCCUGUACAGAACCUUUUCUUUAUAAAUCAAUCAAUCUCUUCUGCCAGUACUACCAGCAGUUUUUAUGACCUUUACCUACCUCUUGCAAAGAAAGCCAGCUUUGAGCCUUGUAUAUCUCGACAUGCAACUUUACUAGAUGAGCACAUGAAGGAAAAUAUUUGUGCAUCGGCACCUUUUCUCUUGCCAUGUUGACACAACAUACAUAUGUUGACCGUGCACCAGCACAGAAGUUGAAAAGUGUGGCAACACUCGCAGCACACCUGUUUGCCUUAUGCUUGAACUCUGCAAACAGGAUUGGAAUAUUUCGUGCCAUCACACGAAGUAGCAUAUGGCUUCUGAUUGUUAUGAAACAGCACUUGCUGACAGCAUGUUUGCUCAAUUUAGGAGUUUAAGGCACAUUGUCAGUUUAAUUUACGCAUGAAGCUUCUCCUGUUGCUAGAUUUUAUGCUGCCCGACAUUUUUUAAUGGAACUGUGCCGAGUUCAAGCGAUAUUUCACUUUAUGCUUGUGAUUAUGAAGCCCCUUUGGGGUGCAUGCCGUCUUUUUUAUUAUUUCAUUUUUUAUUUUGCUGUUCUGCACGCACAUAUCUUUACAAGGAGCCUGUGAAAAAUGAUAUUGCUUGAUUCUUUUGCUGACGAACAGUGAACCCAAGUACUUUUUUACUGUUUGCAUUGAGUAGGUCCUUUUUCUCCGUUGUUAAGAGCAAAAUUUUCAUGGCAAACUCGCGCCUUCUGCUCGAGCUUCAAGUCACGCACCGAGUCAUUCAAGUUUGUGUACAAUAAAUAGCGUUUGGCAGAUGCCUUUAUUUAUAAAUAAAACUUAGAACUGA